AUCAUUUUCACAAUACCACCAUCUCUUUCCUCUCUCACUCUCAAAGAGAAAAUGGCCAAGUUCUUAGCAAUGUUGCUACUCUUUCUCCAAUUGAUUUCUUUCAAUGUAUUUGCUGAAGAACUUGAAUCUCUUCAUGAACCAACACCACUUCAUCUACCGGCUAACGCCCCUCUCCACCAUCGUCACAACCACAAUCUCUCACCGACCACUGCUCACACUCCUUUACACCCUUCUCACCAUGCUAAACCUCCAACCCAUCCCUACCAUCAACACCCUCCUGCUCAUGCCCCUGUUCAACCUCCAACCCAUCGUCACCAUCACCACCCUCCUGCCCAUCCCCCUAUUCAUCAACAACAUCCUCCGGCUCAUGCCCCUGUGGACAAACGUGCUCGAGUUUACCCUCUAUUCCGUCUUCCUAUACCUAUUAAAUCCCGAAUAGCUGUUGAAGGUGUUGUUUAUGUCAAAUCAUGCAAGCAUGCUGGAGUUGAAACCCUUUCGAAUGCUACAUCUCUCAAUGGUGCCGUUGUGAAGCUCCAAUGCAACAACACCAAACACAACGUGGUUCGAAAAGGCAAGACCGAUAAGAACGGUUAUUUCUAUAUCAAAGGCUCAAAGGACAUCUCAAGUUUUGCAGCUCACAAGUGUAAUGUUGUAUUGGAUAGUGCACCAAAUGGAUUAAAGCCCUCAAAUCUUCAUGGUGGUGUCACUGGUGCUGUUCUUAAGCGCAAGAAAUCAUUUGUGUCUAAGGGUCACGUUCUCAUUCUCUACAAUGUCAAACCUCUUGCAUUUGAACCCAAAUGCACUCAUUAAGAAAAUUAUAGUUAAAAAAAAAUGAAUUUUAUAUAGAUUGCUCUCUUUUGGUAAUAGGAACUUUGAUUCCAAAUUCGUAAUAGUUGCAUUAUGUAUGAGUGUGCGAUAGAUGGUUCUUAUAAGAAUUCAACAAUAAGAAAAUGUUUUUAUCGUUUUCAUUCAA